AUGUAUUUCGUCUUUCCAGAAAAUUGUCGGGAUUUGGUUUUCAGAACUACCAGACUGUUCGACGGGAAACGUUUGAUUAACUAUGUGAUACUCGCCGCUGAAGUCAAAGACAAACAAUUCUGUGCAGCAUUAUGCUUUAUGGAGAACAACUGUUUCAGUUAUAAUACAAAGACAAGGGUUAUCAAUGGAAAAUUGAAAUGUGAACUAAAUAAUGCUACUCACGAAGGACACGAGAACGAUCUUUUGGAUGACCCGGACUAUUUCUACUGCGCAGCUGAGGUAUAACAUAAUAGAAUUCAAUAAUACUUAUACCACUCGCUGAAACUUGUUAGGCUCGUCAUUCAAAUAUCUCUAGGUCUGUUCAAAAGUUUAACAAAAUCUGUGUUAAGCAUGCACCUGUUUGUUUAGUAGAGGCAAUUUUACAACAGCAGUAACAGACGAGCCUGGAGUGAGGAAGUGAGUCAGUAAUUAACUGGGUUACCCCCUGAAUAAAGAUUCGUUCUACCGUAGUAUAAAACAGAAGGAACUGUUUUUUGCUCUGCAGAAAUGUUGGAAAUGAGUCCUUUUUUUUAAUUCAUUUUUGAAUACUGCUUUUGUAUUGGCUAGAAUGCUUGUGCCAGUAACCCUUGCAGUAAUAAAGCUACCUGUCAAACUGGUUUCACGAACUUUGGAUAUCGUUGCUUGUGUCCAAGAGGAUUUACGGGUCAGACUUGUGAAAAUGGUAAGAAACGUUUUUUUUAAAGUUUGAAUCACCAGUAAAUUUUGAUAAUGCAACGAGUUUAUUUUGUAACUGGAUCCGAAUGUCUAAAGUAAGAAUAGUCGGUUUCACUCUGGCCUACGAAAUGAGGCAACAAUGCAUGGCUACACCCAGAAAAAGUUAUGAAUUUCCUCUCUUUUCAGAAAUUGAUGAGUGUUUUUCGGGAACACACAGUUGCGACGCUAAUGCAGAGUGUAUAAACACGGCUGGUUCGUACAACUGUACCUGUAGACCUGGAUAUCAUGGAAACGGAAGCAGCUGUGAAGGUGGGUAUCUCUCUAAAGAUAAGAGAGUGUGUGUUAGGUCUUCUGGGUUUUUAAAAAAGAAUCUUUGCCGCUUUCUUCAUUUCACAUUUUUCAAUGUCAUGUUUUCCUUGCAGCACUAUCCUCAUGUAAGAUAAUUCAUGACAGCAAUCGGUAAGUACUCCACUCGCCACAAUUUGUAUCAGUACAUCGUCGUAAUAUCAUUCAAAAAUUGAAUAUUGUGUCAAUGCUUUCUGUAACUGGACCGAGCGAGAGAAAAGAUGACAGAGGCUUAAGAUCAUUAAUAAAUUAAAAUUAAACUGGGUAUCCCUUUCGAGUCCAAUCGAAGCCAUUCGGUGGACUUUGAGAAAGUGAUGCGUGAGCGAAUAGAAAUGAAUUUUCUUUUAGAAAAAAUGGAGAUACAAAAGCAUUCAAAUGGUUUCCAUCAGAUUAAGGCUGGUACUUGACCAUCCUUUUAUUUAUGACCAGUCAUGCUGCACUGCUGAUUUCUAGUUUAAGGUUUUUCAUUAGUUUGUAAGUGAUGUAGAAAAGUUUCAAUCAUUUGUGUUUCAACAUAAUUUUUUUUUGAGAAACGAUGAUAAAUUUGAGUCUGAGUAAAAGCUAAAAAUAAAUAAAGAGUAUUCAGUCAAAUCAGAAAUCAAACAAGAGAUUUCUUUGAAAAAAAAAUUGACUGAGAGAGUGACAUGUGAUCGACCAUAAUGGCUCGUAAGAUCUUAGAGAAAUAGCUUCUUGAAAACUAUUACAUUCCUGACUAGCAAAAAAAAAAUAUUGAUAAGAAGAAGCAUUUCUGCUCCCUUUGUAGUGACAAUUUGUACUGGUAGAAAUGUGACAGGGUUGGCACGACGAGCUAUACUCUUCUCCACGUUACUUUGAGUAACUCACAUAGGGGGUGGGAUUAGUGACACGAAUGAACGUUGCAGCGGUACCCCAUUUACCUGGAUUUAGUUAACUUAAAACCUGUGAUUGCAAUUUACCUUAAUUAAUAGCUCAUCGAAUGGAAAUAGAGACUAUUUACUGAACAUUGGAUCUGAGAUGAUCCCAGUGUAUUGUCACAUGGACAACAAUGGCCUGGGCGAAAAUAGAGAAUGCAAUGGAGGAGGGUGGACUCUAGUUAUGAAAACCGACGGCACAAAGGUAAAAUCUGGCGAUACAAGCCAACUAAACAUCAUAAAAAGUACUAAAAGUCAUUAAAUUAUGACAAAGUAUCAUAAAUAACGAUAAAAUUAUUAACUAGUAGUCAAAUCCAAUGAUUUUCAUUGAGAGUAUUGAGCAAAGAACGUUACGCUAUCGUAAUUUAGAUUCAUGAUAUAUACUAUUUCUUGUAAGACGGAUACUUACGGACUCAAGCGGACAAAAUGAGCUUCCACAUGGUUGUGAUGUGCUGGUCAAACCUCCAUUCCUCCGUGCAUACUGUCAUAUACUUAAUCUACCGUUUAUCUGCACACAUACUAUCCUAGAGCUCAUUAGAAGAAAUAGAGUUUCAUUACAUCGUGCCCAAUUAAGGAAUUGCGUAAAACAGACUUUAAAUUUUAUUCGAUGCAACUCAGUGUUGCUAAACUGCUAUUGUUGUUAGUGCUGUCGGAACAAGAUGUGCUUUCAAGCUUUCUUCAAAUUCUGGUCUACAUGAAAAUUUUACUCCAAUCAAUUGAAAUAAUGCUAGAAGUGUUCAACGUAACAGGUAUCAACAUCGAAAGUCAGAUAAUUAGAUUGCGCGAUAAAUGCGAAACGAAACUUCUUCGAUGCGACUUAUUAUUCUGACAUGAGCUUCCUGAAAUUUAGACAAUACCAUGAUCCUUUGAGUAUUACCUUUCACGUCUGCAUUUAGAAAGAUUGAAAUACUUGAGCAAGUUAAUGCAUGAUUGAUAGGUUGAAUUCAGUUUUGUUUUUCACCUAGUUCAGGAAUAACCUGUUCCGAACGACAAUCUCACGCGAGGCUAUAUUUUCUCGGCAGAUGACGUUUCACUAUGAUAGCCAGUUGUGGAGUAAUAACGAAAGCUUCAAUGCCCACGACGGCACAACUGGGUUUGAUACUCUUGAAACCAAGCUGCCCACCUACUGGAGCACCCCAUUUUCCAAGAUCUGUCUUGGUAUGAAGAUUAACACGCAACUGAAUUUCAUUUCCAUCGAUAGGCCAUCGAACUCUCUCCAUGCACUUGUCGCUGACGGUCAGUAUCGCAAUAUUACGCUGGACCGUGACAAGUGGAAGAAGCUUGUAGGCUCACAGGCAUCUUUACAGCAUAAUUGUAACAAAGACGGCUUUAAUGUGUUUAGUACAAACUUCGGACUUUCCAGAACUAGAAUUGGUAUCCUUGGUAACAAUGAGGACCAUUGCAGAUCCUGUGACUCAAGAAUUGGAUUCGGAGCUGGUGGAGGACCCGAUAAUUCUAACACGUGUGGGAACGAAGUCAGGUAUGGAGGAGAUAAUGGAGACAAACAUCUCAAAACAAUGGGAUAUAUUUUGGUGCAAUAA